GAAAGCUUCUUCUAUUCCGUCCACAACCCUUUGAACCAUUUGAACCAUUUCUAAGGAGCGGAUGUAAACGCUUGCGUUUCUCAAGGUUGCAUUUGAUCUCGUGUUGUGGGUUUGAUUGUAGAUUGAAUAUUCUUAAUUACGUCAAAGUAUAUAAAAGAAUGAAUUCAACACACCUGCUAUUAAAUCACUGCUGAACGAUUUGACGCAAAUAAACGAGUGUUGUCAGUCGGUUUAAAUCCAUUUGUUAAGACUUUUCUAUAAUUUUUCACCUAAUACGAGCAAGGUUGCGGAUUUUUUGAUCAUUUAAGAUAACGCAGCAUUAAAAAUAACAUGAUCAGCCUCUAUUUAUUGUCGUCAAGGCCAGUAUUACGGGGUUUCGGCCAAUGUUUAUUCAACAUCUUUGUGGGCGCUAAUUUAUGCCGAAUGAUUAUUGAAUCUGGAAUUACAGUGUUGGUGUUUAUUAUUCUAGGUCUUCAAUAAGAUAUGUUUACCUAAAGUAACACCGUAUCAUGCAAAAAAGUGUUUUGCAUGGGUAUUAGUAUUCAUUUUUGUUAGCCGUAGUAUUUAUUGUACAAUACGAUGAGAUUUAAGCGGUGCUAUUGAUCCUGAAAAAUCUCACACACUAGGGUCUACAGAGGGUCAUAAAUUUGUGUCAAGAAUUAGAAUUAGAAGCAAAAUUAGAUGCUAGGGUUUUCAUUACAAACUGACAACAGCUGGAAUACCGAAAUGCUAUUUACCCAUACGGAUAGAUAAAUUUUUCUCCUAAACCCGAAAUUUGCCGUCCUACAUCAUAUGCUAAUUCCGUAAAUUAUAGUUUUAUUCGCAGUUAUAUACUCUAGUGGUUAUUAACAUAUCCUUGCCAAUUAAUGUUCCCAAACCUUCUAACGCCUACAAUAACAGCUCAGACUGCAGUUCUACAUGCUUAAAAUGUCCCAGUCGCUUCAAUUAACGAAUGUCCACCAGCUGAGGAAUUAAUUAAUUUAUUUACUCACUUGAUCAUCUCACUAUACACCAUCACUGCUUCUAGACGUCGAUAAACCAAUAUUCAAAUUUCAUGCAUACUUUCUGCAUUCAGACAUAUUCCACAUCACUAAAGUAAGGAAACGAAAGGUUGUUCACUAUACUCUUUUACUGCAAAUAACGGUUUCAGUCAUGACAGUUUUGAUAUUAAAUUAAAAUAAGUAUCAACAAUUUUGUUGUCUUUUUUUGGUUGUUUGCAGUUUAUUUAAUCUUCACAUGAAGUUGACAGAUACAUGCAGCAAACUUUAUAAACGCUCUACAACUCAUUUUCCGGACCUUCAAUACUAUAAGUAUGAUUAUCGCAGGACUCCAGUUCUUAAAGAUUCAGUGAUUGGAAAAGGUGAUAGGACAAAAAGAGCUGUCUGUAUCGAAGAAAUGCUAUCAAUGUUAGCUUGCUUGAAAGAAAGUGAUUUUGAUCAACGUCCUUGUACACAAAUGAUAGACACAUUCAAUAAAUGUGUCCAUAUAACGGAGAAUAAGCGGAGAGCAAAUAAGGAUAUGCAAAAGUCAGGAGUCGUAUCGCCUUCUGACAAGUCAGGUAGAUCAUUUGAUCGACUAUCAUCAAAACAAAUUACUGAACUACUAAGACGCUUUCCUGAACCUUAGUAAUAUUUCGGCUCACCGUUUGUACAUUUGUAGUAACCAUUCAUAGCACUGAUUAAUAUAUUUUCUUUUUUUUGUGUAAAAAUAUAACCAUUUAAAUUUAAUUUUUACUUGUAAAUUUAUGUUCACUCGUCGCCAGGUUUUGGAAUGUUGAUAUAACAUAAGUGGUAUCCGAAGUCUUUAAUUGGAAGAUUUUGUGUUUCUCAUUAAAAUGUUGUGCCUCAAAGGUAUACAAGCCUUGUAUAGGCUCAUUGUUUGGACAUUACGGAUUUAAUCAG